GCAGAAGAAAAGUCAUAUUUCCUGAAAACACUCGCAUGAGAAAUGAAAUCUUCUUUAUCACUUUUCGUUUUAAUCUUCGCUCUAAUUUAUGAGCUUUACGUACCAUUCACUGAAGCGCAAAAAAAAACAACUGAACCCUCCAUCGACAACGAUACCACCAUCACUACGACCCGCAGAACUCGUAGAACUCGAACGACAAGGGCACGUUACACGUUUGACGGAGUAGACUACAAUGAAUUCCUUGAGAAGCACACACGUGGACUAAAUUUGGACUGCUCAACAAGAUAUGUGAAAUGCUAUUUGUAUACUCCGCUCCAUUGGGAAGUGUGUAUGUUUGACAACAUAAGUAAUGAAUACAACGAUGUGUACAGCACGUGUCAAAUUGACUUUAUGAACUGUCGGGUCAUGAGAUUUAAGCGAAUACCGAAAAUCGCAUAUCAUUAUAAUUACAAAUCCUUUCAAGGAUACGGCCAUAAAUGCAAGAUAAGCAGAGGCUUUCCGAACCUAAUAUAGUCACGAAAUAUGCCAAAUCUCAAUUAGUAACAAGUGGACGAACAAGUUGAGCGCAUAGUGGUAAGCGACACGCCUAUCCAUAACAGUUGCUGUGCCACUUAGACCUGCGGGGAACUGUCACCCUAAGAUAUAAAGUGCUUGUAGUUUCACCAGCUUAUCUUUCAAACCCGGAACACAC